AUGGCGUCCAUCGCCGAAAAGCAGCUGCAGAGCUUGCUGGACGGCUUUGACGCCUUGCGACUGGAAUAUCAGCGUGUUUAUUCACGAUGUGCUGUUCUCGAGGCCCAGCUAGUCACGGCAAAGUCACAGUACUCGCGCCUUGCCGCCCUCAGUCCUGAAAAGGCCGAGCCCCUCGAUCUCUCAGCUUCUGCAGCAUUCCCUUUGGCUGUUGAUUUCGAGAGCUUGAUAAAUAGUUCUAAGAUAGUUGACGCCAGCCGUCGUGACAAAAUCACUGCCGCUUCUCGUACCUCAAAUUCGCUGCGUUCGGCUGGCGUAGUCAUCCAUUCUGGGCCUUCGGCCGACAAACCUUCCGCUCCCACAUCAUCUGCUGCCAUGCCCUCCAUAUCAGAAUCACCACUCGAACAAGACUUCACCGUCCCGGGUACUCCGAGCAGACUUGAUUGCCCUUUCGCUUCCAUGGAAAGGCGUAAAUUGAGCUCGCACGCCGCUUCAGUUGUGUCUCGUUAUAAGCCCGAGUCUGUCCGACAGACGCGCACAUCCGGCUCACGUAUCAAUGGACGACGCGGUUCCUCCAGCGCGCGAACUUCGGUUGUUGAUCCUAUAAAAGAGGUUUGUGCCAUGGAAUCACACAAGAAGGCCCCCGACGCCGCACCUUCAGUCCAAGGUUCAUCUGCCGACAAAGUUUGUCCAAUACGUUUUCUCGAUCAACACAGCCCAGAGGAAGUCGCCGCCUAUUUUGAGCUACACAAACAUGAACUUCCCAGGAGCCACGAGAUAUGCGUAAAGAGAUAUCAAAGCAACGAGGAACAAAUUCGACAGCUCGAUGCAAAAUACGGUAAUAUCGUCAGCAUGAUUCAAGGGCUUGGUCAGAAACACGUAUCACUCUUGCCUGAGAACCUGGGUGACGAACACUAUGAGGCCGAACAAGACUUUGAUGAAGACGAGCGUGCAAGUCAUGAAAAGAUACGUAAAUGGGCCAGCACUGUAUACACAGGUCCGGAUGCUCCUGCCGAAGAGAAGAAGGAUGAGGAAGAGACCGAGGAAGAGCGACUGCCUCGUUUCGAUCGGCCACUGAGAGACGUGCGUCUAGGCGAAAGCCCAAGUCGGCCUUGGGGCAUCCAAGUACCAAUUGAAGCACAAGAUCGUCGUCACAGUGCACUAUCAAGCGUAGCAGCUGCUGCAAAGCCCGAGACCCCCCAGGCGCCAGUCGAAGCUCAAUCGAGAAAACCUAAAGGCAGAUGUCCAUUUGGUUUUGAUCAACAAAAACCACUUGGACAAGACGAGGAGGAUAAAAAUGUCGACAAACCCAUCGCCGAACCAGACCAAAAACAACCACUGGCCCUCAAUGUGGAGAAUGUCGAAACCAAACCUACCUUCAUUCGACAAGCUCAAUUCGAGGCAUCCAAGGAGAGAGACGUUGAAGGACAGCCAGUGUUCAUCAAGACAGAGUCUGGCGAGCAGAAGAAAGAGGCGGCAUCAAUGGUGUUUACAGGACCCGUUUUCAUUGGCUACUCAGUGCAAGAGGCCAUGACCGUACUGCAAUCGCUGCAACGAAAUUAG